CUUUUAACUAAAAACACCGACAAAUGUUAAUAAAAUAACAACAAAUUAUUAAAAUGCUAUUAACAAUUUAAUAAUAAACAUUUUGGUGUUAGUUUUGUAGUUUAAAAUAAUUAAAUUUGUGUUUGAAUUUGAGAAAAAAGUGAUUUUUGACAAGUUGAGGUUAGGAGAGUUGUCACUUCUUAAGGAUCUGGAAUUCCACCAAGAUGGCCAGUAAAAGUCGUAUACUACCAAUUCUAGUCACAUUCACCACCGUCCUGGUUACUUUAUCCAGUGUUCAAGGAGAAUUGUACACUGCCCUGGUCGAAAUGGAAGAUUUGCUGAUCACCGAAAGCGUUUUGGUGGACGCUCUUGAUGGUUUUAUAAGUGUUCAGGAACAGAGAUUGGAGAUUCUGAAGAGGAAAUCUUUGGAGUAUCAAAGAGAGCAUGCAGAUGCAGCUAAGGAUAUUCAGACUUACGUAUCUAAUCCUAUAAAUGCCUAUUUGUUGACCAAGAGACUUACUACAGAUUGGAAGGCCAUCGAAAGUAUGAUGCUGGAGGAUGUUGGCAGAGAAUUUGUGUCAAACAUUACCAGACUUCGUGACGACCUAAAAUUCCCUUCAGACGAAGAUUUGAAUGGUGCAGCAGUUGCCCUGAUGAGAUUGCAGGAUACUUACAAAUUAGAGACGUCUAGUGUUGCCAGAGGUGAACUGAAUGGCGUCCAAUACAGUACUGCCCUGACAGCUGGUGAUUGCUUCGAAUUGGGCAGACAGUCUUACAACAAUGGUGAUUUUUACCAUACAGUUCUUUGGAUGCAGGAGGCCAUGCAAAGGUUGCAAAUGGAGAAAAAUAAGACGACGACCAGGGAAGAUAUUUUGGAAUAUUUGGCCUUUUCCACCUACAUGCAAGGUAAUUUACCAUCAGCUCUAGCAAUGACAAACGAAUUAUUGGAAAUCGUGCCGAAUCAUCAGAGAGCUUUAGGAAAUAAAGUCUACUACGAAAAUAAAAUGGUUGAGGAAAAAGUUGUGCCAAGUUUGGAGGAGAAGAUCAAUGAGGAACAGUAUGUAGAUGACGAUGCUUCCGAAGAAGUCCAUGUGCCUACAGAACGUGAGUUGUACGAAAAAUUGUGCAGGGGUGAAUUGGGUUUGGGUCCUCGCGAACAAGCUUCACUAAAAUGUCAUCUGGUGACCAACGAUAACCCUUAUUUACUUAUUGGACCAUUCAAAGUGGAAGAGGUCCACAGGUUCCCUAGGAUUCUAAUCUUCCACGACAUAAUAUACGACACUGAAAUUGCGACGAUUAAAAGAAUGGCACAACCAAGGUUUAAAAGGGCGACGGUGCAAAAUUACAAGACUGGCGAGUUGGAGACUGCAAAUUACAGGAUCAGCAAAUCUGCCUGGUUGAAAUCUGAAGAACAUAGACAUGUCUAUGCAGUCGCAGAACGUGUUAGGAUGAUGACAGGAUUGGAGGUUGAUACUGCCGAGGAAUUGCAGGUGGUCAACUAUGGUAUUGGAGGACAUUAUGAACCGCAUUUCGAUUUCGCAAGGAAAGAAGAAGUCAACGCUUUCAAAAGUCUAGGAACAGGAAACAGGAUUGCAACAGUUUUAUUCUACAUGUCAGAUGUUGCCCAAGGGGGUGCAACAGUGUUUCCAGCCCUUAAAACAUCCCUUUGGCCAAAAAAAGGGACUGCAGCUUUUUGGUACAAUCUUCAUCCGAGUGGUGAAGGAGACUAUUUGACCAGACAUGCUGCAUGUCCUGUUCUGGCAGGAUCCAAAUGGGUUUCUAAUAAAUGGUUACACGAACGAGGACAAGAAUUUUUAAGGCCUUGCGAAUUAAAUCCGGAGGCUGCAGAAUCGACAAGGCAACCCUUUUGACUGAUGGUCAUUUUACCGGUUAAAAAAUUAGAAUUCAUAAUGUAAAUAAGUCAAUUUUUUUUUGGAAUACAAAAUACAAAAAACCAGCCUGAACGACAGAUGAUAUUUGGCCCGGUAAGGAUAAACGAUAACAUUAAAUUUUCAUUCCUCUAAUUUAAAGUUACCACAAAACAAAGUCAUAUAUAUUAUUUUUUAAGCAAAUCUUUUUAUUUAAUAAAGAAUAUGGGAUUUUUUCCACUAUUCUAUGUGGA